AUGUCCCCUCGAGCGCCAAGGCACAAACCAAAAUCCACUCAAGCGGCCCUGUGUUCAAAUGGUGCAAAAGCAUACGCAAGUCUUCACAUUUUCCACCUCGAAAUCAUCUUUUGCACUUCUAGCUGUAAAACUAGACUAGCAGCAUCGGCUAUUGAGGCGGAGGCUCACGCAGCUUUGAGUGGAGUUUAUUUAGCUACUCAAAUGGGGAUAUCACAUGCGGUUUUCGAAUCUGACUCAAAGGAGCUGGUCCAAUCUGUCAAAGGCCAUAUUCUGAGGAGCUUCGAUACAUUUCGAAAUCGAGAAAUUUCUACUGGAGCGGGUGCUAUCCGAGAACAGCAAUUCGAAGAGCCUGCAGUGGUUUCAGAUCGUACUCUUGGAACUGGGUGCCCCGUGGUGCAAACAAAGCAGCAGAUGCUGCAGCUUCUCAAGCUAAAAGGAGGAUGUGUGAUGAGGUUUGGGAAGCCAGCCUCCCAUCCUCUUUGGUCUUUGUGUUGCAAGCUGAUGGGCUCCCAUGUCCCCCUACAAUGUGAGCACUGGCUGUUAGAGGCGGACACGCUCCCUAUUUGGGAGGUGUAA